AGGUUCAUUCUCUUGAGAAGAGAAAGAAAAAUGCGCUUUCUACUUCUUCUAGUGCUCUACCUCCUCAACGGCCCAUCCAUCUCCGGUAAACAAUCUCAUAUUCCGGAAUACCGAGCUUUGCUCUCCCUGAAGUCCUCCAUUACAGAUGGCCCAGAAGCUUCCCUGCAGAACUGGAACAUCUCCACUAGCCAUUGCACAUGGACUGGAGUUUCCUGCGAUGACAACCGAAGAGUCGUCUCCCUUGACAUCUCCAACAUGAACCUCUCCGGUAUUCUAUCCCCUGAUGUAGGCCACCUCCGUAACGUCGUCAACCUUACCGUCGCUGCCAACUUUCUCUCUGGUCCUGUUCCUUUGGAGCUUUCUGACAUUACCAACCUCCGCCAGCUGAAUCUCUCCAACAACAUCUUCAAUGGUAGCUUCCCUUCGCAGCUCUCCAAUCUCAAGUACCUUGAAGUUCUUGAUUUCUAUAAUAAUAAUAUGACCAGUGAUUUGCCAGUUGAGGUGUCGGAGAUGCCAAAUCUCCGCCAUCUUCACCUCGGUGGUAACUUCUUCACUGGUAAAAUCCCUCCGGAAUACGGUCGAUGGGAGUUCCUAGAGUAUCUGGCGGUUUCUGGUAACGAGCUUGUCGGUUUUAUACCGCCGGAGAUCGGGAAUCUGACGAAGCUUCAACAACUUUAUAUUGGGUACUACAAUAGCUAUGACGGUGGUAUUCCGCAGGAGAUCGGGAACCUCUCCAAUUUGGUUCGAGUGGAUAUGGCUAACUGUGGGUUGUCAGGCGAGAUUCCACCGGAGCUCGGAAAGCUUCAGAACUUGGAUACCUUGUUUCUUCAGGUGAAUGGUCUCACUGGAGGACUUACGCCAGAGCUUGGGAAUCUGAAGAGCUUGAGAUCGAUGGAUCUCUCCAACAAUAUUCUCACCGGUGAGAUUCCAGAAGCUUUUGCAGCGUUGAAGAAUUUGACGCUUUUGAAUCUGUUCAGGAAUCAGUUGUACGGUGCGAUCCCCGAUUUCAUUGGUGAUUUGCCAGAGUUGGAGGUGUUGCAGCUUUGGGAGAACAAUUUCACAGGUAGUAUUCCUCCGGGACUUGGCAGGAAUGGUAAGCUUCAGCUCCUCGAUUUUUCAUCGAAUAGGCUGACUGGGAAUCUCCCACCGGAUCUCUGUUCUGGGAAUCGCCUUCAGACGUUGAUCGCAUUGGGGAACUUUCUGUUUGGUCCGAUUCCGGAAUCGCUGGGGAGAUGCGAAUCCCUCAGUCGGAUUCGAAUGGGUGAGAACUUUCUCAAUGGUACCAUUCCGAAGGGGCUCUUCGACCUACCCAAACUCGCACAGGUCGAGCUUCAAGAUAACUAUCUUGAGGGGCGCUUUCCGGAGACUGCUUCGGUCGCUGUGAAUCUGGGGCAGAUCAGCCUUUCCAACAACCAGCUCACGGGAUCUCUGCCUCCUUCCAUAGGUAGCUUCUCUGGCGUACAGAAGCUCCUUCUCGAUGGUAAUAUGUUCACUGGUCGCAUUCCGCCGGAAAUUGGAAAGUUGCAGCAGCUAUCCAAGAUGGAUUUCAGCAACAAUAGGUUCUCUGGAACAAUAGCACCGGAGGUCAGCCAAUGCAAGCUGUUGACAUUCAUCGAUCUCAGCCACAACGAGUUAUCCGGCGAGAUUCCCCCUGAGAUCACGAGAUUGCGGAUCUUAAACUACUUGAAUUUCUCGAGUAAUCAUCUAGUUGGGAGCAUUCCAUCCUCAAUCUCAACAAUGCAAAGCUUGACUUCAGUGGAUUUCUCCUACAACAAUCUCUCUGGUUUGGUUCCAGGCACUGGUCAGUUCAGUUACUUCAACUCCACUUCCUUCGUUGGCAACCCCGAACUCUGUGGCCCAUACUUGCGGCCUUGCAAAUCUGGUGUUGGCAACGGCGACCAACAAACCCAUGAGAGAGGCCCACUCUCUGCUUCGAUAAAGCUUAUCCUCGUCAUUGGCCUUCUUGUAUGUUCGAUAGCAUUUGCAGUGGCCGCCAUCAUCAAAGCACGGUCUCUGAAGAAGGCUAACGAGUCCAGGGCAUGGAAACUAACAGCUUUCCAGCGUUUGGAUUUCACCUGUGACGACGUCUUGGAAUGCUUGAAGGAGGACAACAUCAUAGGAAAGGGAGGUGCUGGUAUUGUAUACAAGGGCGUCAUGCCUAAUGGCGAUCAGGUAGCCGUGAAAAGGCUACCGGUGAUGAGCAGAGGGUCGUCUCAUGAUCACGGGUUCAAUGCAGAGAUACAAACUCUGGGUAGGAUUCGACAUCGCCACAUUGUUAGGCUAUUGGGUUUCUGUUCCAACCAUGAAACGAAUCUUCUGGUUUACGAGUAUAUGCCUAAUGGGAGCUUGGGUGAACUUUUGCAUGGUAAGAAAGGAGGUCACCUGCACUGGGACACAAGGUAUAAGAUUGCAGUGGAGGCUGCCAAGGGUCUCUGUUACCUACACCAUGACUGUUCCCCAUUGAUCCUUCACCGUGAUGUGAAAUCAAACAAUAUCCUCCUUGAUUCCAACUUCGAAGCUCAUGUUGCGGAUUUUGGCCUCGCCAAGUUUCUACAGGAUUCGGGCACGUCAGAGUGCAUGUCCGCUAUUGCCGGUUCAUAUGGUUACAUAGCCCCAGAGUAUGCCUACACACUGAAGGUUGAUGAGAAGAGUGAUGUGUACAGCUUUGGUGUGGUUCUGUUGGAAUUGGUGAGCGGUAGAAAACCAGUGGGUGAGUUUGGGGAUGGUGUAGACAUUGUUCAGUGGGUGAGAAAGAUGACUGAUUCAAACAAGGAAGGAGUCCUAAAAAUCCUUGAUGCCAGACUCUCCUCAGUUCCUCUACAUGAGGUGAUGCAUGUCUUCUAUGUUGCAAUGCUGUGCGUGGAGGAACAGGCAGUAGAGCGACCCACAAUGCGUGAAGUGGUUCAAAUCCUAACAGAGUUGCCCAAGCAUCCCAACCCCAAGCAGGAAGACUCAACUGUGACAGAGUCUCCCCCGCCAUCUACUACCACAGAAACCCCAAGCACAGCCAUUAGAGAAGCAAAAGAAGUUGAGCAGCAACAAGGGUCACCUCAGUCGCCACCACCUGAUCUGCUUAGCAUCUGAUGACACAACAAGCAA